AUACAAACCAAGCCUAUAUUCAAGCUAGUGACCAUUGUUUGUAUUAGUGUCACUCAUGAAAUAUUUUUAAUAACUAUGAAUUUCAAGUUUUAACAAAAUUAAAAUAAGGAUUUGAUAACUUUUAUUCACUAAUCAUGGGUGUACCAGCAUUCUUUCGUUGGUUAAGCAGAAAAUAUCCUUCCGUAAUUGUUGAAUGUGUGGAACAUAAACCCGUAGAUGUAAAUGGAGUUCGUAUACCAGUAAAAUCAGAAGAACCAAAUCCAAAUGGAAUCGAAUUUGAUAACUUGUACUUAGAUAUGAAUGGUAUUAUACAUCCAUGUACUCAUCCAGAGAAUAAACCGGCUCCAAAAAAUGAAGAUGAAAUGAUGGUAGCAAUUUUUGAGUGUAUAGAUAGAUUAUUCAGAAUCGUAAGACCAAGGAAGUUGUUGUACAUGGCUAUAGAUGGAGUUGCACCAAGAGCAAAAAUGAACCAACAAAGAUCAAGACGUUUUAGGGCUUCUAAAGAAACAGUCGAAAAGAUACAAGAAAUUAAGAGAAUCAGGGCUGAACUGCUUCUCAAGGGAUGUGUUUUACCUUCUGAAAAACCCAAGGAAGAACAUUUUGAUUCAAAUUGUAUUACUCCUGGUACACCUUUUAUGGCUAGAUUAUCUGAGUGUUUGCAUUACUACAUUCUUGAAAGAUUGAACAACGAUCCUGGGUGGCAAGGAAUAAAGGUUAUCCUAUCUGAUGCUAAUGUUCCAGGUGAGGGUGAACACAAAAUUAUGGACUACAUAAGGAAACAGAGGUCACAACCAGAUCAUGAUCCUAAUACUCAACAUUGUCUAUGUGGAGCAGAUGCUGAUUUGAUUAUGUUGGGCUUAGCAACACAUGAACCUAAUUUCACAAUUAUUAGAGAAGAAUUCAAGCCCAAUCAGCCUAGACCAUGUGAUAUUUGUGGUCAAGUGGGUCAUGAAAUGAAAGAUUGUGUAGGUGGGUGUAGAUCAGAACAUGAUAAGCCUGCUGAUGUUGCAUUUGGCUCUGAAACAAAUUUUAUUUUUGUACGACUAAAUGUAUUAAAAGAAUAUUUGGAAAGAGAACUUCAAAUGCCAAAUUUACCUUUCAAGUAUGAAUUUGAAAGAGUAUUAGAUGAUUGGGUUUUCAUGUGUUUUUUUGUUGGUAAUGAUUUUCUACCUCAUUUACCCAGCCUGGAGAUUAGAGAAGGAGCAAUUGACAGAUUAGUGGGAUUAUACAAGAAUUGUGUAUAUAAAACAGGUGGUUAUUUGACAGAUAGUGGCGAGGUGAACUUGGAAAGAGUUCAAAUGAUUAUGCUGGAACUGGGGAAAAUGGAAGAUGAGAUCUUUAAAAAUCGUCAACAAAAUGAGCUUAAAUUUAAGGCUAGAGAAAAGGCAAAAAAGAGAAGAUUGGAUGGUUUUAAUGAACACAGACCAAAUUGGAGUUUGGUAAAAGACACCCAGUUUGAACCAAAAGCUAUUGGGAAGGAAUCGUCUGUUACAAAUGCUAGACAUGAAGCUUUCAAUAUUCGUAAAGCAGGAAUGCAUUCCCAGUCUAAAGUUGAAACGCAACUUCAAACCACGAAUGCUAAAACAGCACUAGAAUCGAUGUUCAGACCCGCGGGGAGUUCCAAUGAUGAUAAUCAUCGUCAAGGACAGAAAAGGCCACUAGAAAACGACGAUUCUGAUGAUGAUCAAGCUCACGACGAAGUCAGAUUAUGGGAAGACGGAUUCAAAGACAGAUAUUACGAGUCCAAAUUUGAUGUUAAGCCAGAUGAACUAGAAUUUAGGUAUUCAGUUGCGCUGCAUUACGUCAGAGGAUUGUGUUGGGUUCUCAAAUAUUAUUACCAAGGUUGCGCUUCAUGGAAAUGGUAUUUUCCUUACCAUUACGCUCCAUUUGCUUCGGAUUUCUGUAACAUAGCGGGACUAAGUACUGAUUUUGAAAAAAAUACCAAACCAUUCAAUCCUCUGGAACAACUUAUGGGUGUUUUUCCAGCUGCUAGUAGCCAACACGUUCCUGAACCUUGGGCAGAGCUAAUGUCAGAUCCUGAUUCUGCUAUAAUCGAUUUCUACCCAGUGGACUUCAAAAUCGAUUUGAAUGGUAAAAAAUUCGCUUGGCAAGGAGUUGCUCUUUUACCCUUUGUAGACGAAACCAGAUUAUUCAAAGCUUUAGAGCCAUAUUAUAAAAAGUUAUCCCCUGCAGAAAUUAAAAGAAAUAUUCGAGGUGAUGAUAAAUUGUAUGUUUCUCCUAAAAAUAAAGGAUAUGACGUUAUGAUUAAUUUAUAUAAACAGAAAGUAGACGAAAACGCCGAAUGUGCUAUUUCAAUAGACGGAAUGAGAGGAACUGUACUGAUUUCAGAAAUAAAUAUAUCGAUUGGAGGUUGUUUCGAAUCACCUGUUACUGAUUUGGAACCUAUAACUGACAACACCGUUUGCACUGUUAGAUUUCGGGAUCCUAAAUAUGCCGAAGGUUUCAUAUUUCCAGCAAGAAGAUUGAAAGGUGCCAAAGAUCCUCCUAGAGUAUUAAAACCGGGUGAUCUCAGUCGGGAAGAAAGUAGGCAAUAUCGACCAACGAUUGGAAUGGUACCUUCUAACACCAGAGCUACUUUGGACAUUUCUGGACAUAGGACUGUUUCUCAUUACGUGCCUUAUAAUCCUGGUAGGUACGGAAAUGUCGCGCCUCCUUCUAACAUGGAUAGAAGAAAUAACUAUAAUGGUUACCAACAGAGGUCGUUCGACAACAGAGGUUCUUAUCAACAACAUCAUCAUUCGAGUGGAAACUAUCAAAAUUUCAAUAAUCAAAGGAACUAUGGAAACAGAGGAGGAUAUCACGGUAGUGGUGGUUAUAAUCAAGGAGGAAAUUAUUCUAAUCAACGGGAUAGGAAUCAAUACAGUAGACCUCCUGGUCCAUAUAGAGACAGAUACGAAAUGGGAAAUAGAUAUUCCAGAAGAUGAAUAUUUAGAAAUUAAAAUAUUUUUUUAUUACAAAUAAAAUUAAAUAAGUGGUGA